GAUCAUCAUCUUCCCCGCAAACAACUCGGCACUGGCUCUUCGGCACGCAACGACUCCACGCGUCGAUUCAUUCGCACUCCAAGUCGGAUCCUGGGCGGCUCCCUACGAUAAUCCGCUGGACUGUGCAAUGCUGCUGUGCGCCGGGCGGCAAGACUGCCUUGUUCCCGUGAAAUGGCCGAGAGCCAGGACGAAGGCUCAGCCAUCAAAUGCCACAUCUGCCAGAGCGUCUUUGCGCGCCAGGAACACUUGACGCGCCAUAUUCGAAGCCAUACGCGCGAGAAGCCCUUCAAGUGCGUGCAAUGCGGAAAAUGCUUCUCGCGGCCGGACGUGCUGAGUCGACACACGUCGUCGCAUGCCCAAGAUGCUACGGAAUACCGUGGUGUUUCUGCGAGAGCGUGCCAGGAGUGCGCAACGAGCCGGGUUCGCUGUUCCAAGGGCAUGCCGUGCAAGCGAUGCCACGAUAGAGGCCUGGGAUGCAACUAUCCAGUCGCCAGGAAGCGCAAAGCUACUUCAUCCGGCUCGGGCAACACAUUACUGAAGAGGGCUUCUACCGUACAGGUGGAAUUGGAAGAGGCGCCGCAAGUGGACAUGGAUGGCAGUCCACAGGGUCAGGCAGAGCCGAAUACAGCCAUCUGGGCUCAGCCAGUCAACCCGAUUGAUGCCGAUAUACACCAAAACACUGGCGAAUUUACCGUUGACAACCUCGACGCCUUCAACCCCGACCCGGCAUUCGGCGGUGAGGUCAUGGGCAUGUCGGCUGUGAACUGGCUCUCUCCCCAAUACCAAAAUGUACUCGAGUGGGAUAACCAGCUUGCAGCGGUGUCAUACGGCAUUGGAUCUGCCGACAUGGGAUUUUAUUUCCCUUUCAAUGCGGUUGAACCUGCACGAAACUUGCCCGACGUGAAUGGAGACGCGCAGCCUCUGGACCCGGCCAUGAUGUUUCCGCCCCAAGAUCCGCGCAGUGGACCAAUGGAAAUGGAAAAGACGGGGUCGUCUUCUGUCAGAAGUUCCACUGGAUCCGUUGCGUCAAAGAUGACAGAGGGGCGGUUCUAUGUCGAUGGGAAUGCCGCGAGAGCUCCUUUCGGAGGUCAGCUAACUCACCGACACUCCAUCAUCACCUCUUCCGAGGAUGGCGUUGAGGGGAAUACUCCAUUGAGCGAGGGUGCGGCAGUGAGUAGCUCCAGAGACUCGAAUGCAUCUCAAGCACAGUUGGUAUCGGACUACGCCUACCAAAAUAUGAUCCGAGGAGUACAAGCAGAUGUCCAAAGACACUCACUAGACUGUGAAUCGAUUUCAAUCCCAUCGUUAGCCCACAUCAGAGCCUUUACUCGUCUUUACUUUGAGAAUUUCCAUCCUACAUACCCAUUUCUACGGAAGAGCUCGGAUUUGUUCGAUAGUUGGAGGCUGCUGCUUGCUGUGUCGGCUGUUGGAGCUGGUUGCUCCCGGGAAGCACAGACUAUCAACGCAAGAAACGCGAUGCUUGAGCUGAUAAAAAGGCAUGCAGUGUUUGGGAAUUCGGGCUCUCAGAUUAACAAGGAAGAUAUCUGGACACCAGGACUCGAGCCUACACCAGACCAUCCUGACCUGCCCAGUCUGCAGGCCGGGAUUCUUAGUAUCCUCUGCAUGGUCCACAGCGGGAAAAAGACAAUGAUGGAGUGGGCUAUGGAGAAUCGACAUUGUAUUGUUCAGCAGUGCAAAGCGAUGCAGCUUCUUUCUGGUUCAGAGUCGCAGGUCGAUCCGGACACCAGACGUGAAGCCCACUGGCUUGAGAUGGAGGGCAGAAUUAGGACUGGGAUGAUGAUAUGGUUGCUCGACUCAAUUUUUGUAUUCGAAUUCAACUGCCCGCCUUUGUUGCAGCUCGGCGAUGCCACCUCUCCUCUCCCAUGCUCAGACGACUUGUGGGAUCACGGAACCGAACACACUGAUAAGAGACAAAAGACCGUCACACUGAUAGAAGCAACUGAGAUCCUGUACAUGGAGAAGCGCCUACCACCGAACCUCGGCGACUUUAGCAACAUUUUACUCAUCUACGCGAUCCUUCGAAGAACCAAAGACGUAUUGCAUCACAACCAGAGCCGAUUGUCGAAUUGGACGCCAAAUGCCAAGAUCCAAUCACGGACUGUCGCCCAGCCCACCUCCGAGACUUGGCCGCCGUCUCUCCCCAUCAUCUCCAAAUGGCGGAACAGCGCCUGCGAUUGUCUGGAUAUCCUCCACUGGAACGCGAACAGCGCGGCUGCAAGGGCUGGAGGCUGGGAACAUCCCACGAUACUGCAUCUACACCUUUCUCGUUUGCUCUUACUCACACCGACCAGACACAUGCAGUAUGUCGCUGCAGCGUCGUCACCAAUCGCACCCCGCCGAGGGCAAGAUGAUGCCAAGUAUAGAGAAGCGUGCAGCCAUCUUCAACAAUGGGCUAUCCGUGAUCAAUUCAAGGCAAGGCUCUCCAUGGUCCACGCUGGAGCGUUAUUGUGGCACGUUCGCCGAUAUAGCAGUGAUGGCUUCCUGGAGCCUUUUGCGAUUUAUGUUGCGACUCUAGCGAUUUGGGCAUACAGCGUAUCCACGCAAUCCAUCAGAGGUCAAGGGCCAGAUCCUGCAAUGCCAAAUUCAGGACCCUCGCCCACGCAACAAACGCCCCAGAAUGCGACCAGCACAGAUUCAGACGAGGAACCCGAACCUGCUUUUAUUCACCUAGACCGACCGUGUGAUGACGAAAUGGUGCAGAUAUACGUACGGCUGGGGCAUAAAAUCUCAGGCUACAUGCUCAGAGUAGGCAAUAUUUGCAGCCCAGGCGCGCCUAGAAAAAUCUUGAAAGAAGGUGUACGGUUGCUCUCCAGCAGAUUACGGAUUCUGCCUGAAGACAGCCUUGUUGAUAGAUCAGAUGUCACAAACACAUGGGGAAUCGCGGAAUCGUUUAAACAGACAUUGGGAUAUUUGAUCCAGGCAACAGCCACCGACAAUCCUUGACCAGAUCAAGUCGUCUUUUCGUGGGCAAGUCGGAUGAUCAUCUUAUCUGACUGGCUUGGUGAACAAAGUCAGAUGCAUCUAUCUUAAACCAGACAUCUAGUAGCGAGUAACAAAUACUAAAUCCCUUCAAC